AUGGAGCAAGGUCGUGGCGUUGCCGUCGCUGCGCACGGAGAUGUGGUCGAGGGCGCGGAGACCGCGGCAGAUGCCGUCCAAGAAGUGGCCGCCGUCGGCGGUGCGGGAGAUGCUGCAUCCGCAGUCGCUGGAUCGGUCCCUGCGGCGGCGGAUCUGGUGGCGCAGGGGGUGGUGGGCUCGGACUCCGUCGUGGCAGACCUGGUGGUGACGGCGUCUGGCGGCGCACUGGAUGUAGGUGCGGAGGCGAGCGACAAGCAGGUGGUGGAUGUGAAUGAGGAAGCUGCUGGCAACAAGAGGAAGCUGGACAUCGCUGGGUUCGACGACCCGUCUGAUUCUGACGACGACGAGGAGUACAACUCUGGAGAGGAGGUGGAAGAGUGGAACCACAAGUCCUUCAUUGAGCAUGAAGCCAACAAGAUCAGGGAGAAGGGGAAGGCGGCGUACUACAAGUGGGGCAAGUUCAGGUGCCCAUACUGCACCACUAAGCCAAUUGCCAAGGAUGGGCUGUAUGAGCACCUUAUGUCCCAUGCACGCGGUGUAGCGACGAGUGGGAACGACGUGAAGAUCAGGGCAGAGCAUGCAGCCCUCCUAAAGGCUAUGGGUCCCAUCUAGUCACCCUCUGUGAAGCUGGUAGUGGUACUCAUCAUCAAUAUAGUUGAUGAUGUUUAACUUUUGCGCUAAUAUGGUUGUGAACUGUGAAUCUGGAAAGUGGAAGUGUUUGUGAACUGUUAAGUAGUAUGGCAGACUCUUAAGUAGUAUGGCAGACUCUUAAGUAUGGCAGAGACUUAAUUAAUCUAGUAUGUCUCUGAAGUAUAUCAACUGUCUAGAUGCAGGUCAGCUAUGCUUUGCUGCAGUGUUUAUAUUCUGAUGCUGCAAUGAUCACAGUAGGUGCUUCAAUGUUGCUUGACUGAUGAGACAUGCUGCAUACAGUGGGCAUGUGCUUGGUAAUGGUGUGUGCAAAGAACAAGCCUUAUCUACAUAGGAUAGACAGUAAAAAACAUUGACUUGAGGUUUUCAUAAGUUAGCAUGAUCGAAUCUUCCAUUACAAAUAUAUUAUUAAAUUUAGAAAAUGUUGAAAAUCAUUUUUUGUCAAUGUUCUUAAGUUAGCAUGAUUGAAUAUUCCAUUUCAAAUAUAUUAUAAAAAUUGGAAAAUGUUGAAAAUCCUUUUUUGUCAAUGUU